AUGAAGCAGUGGGAGGAGACUUACGACGAACCAACAUUUACGGAAACCACAGCAAUAACUCGUACAAGCUACACGAUUUCUCCAAAGACAGUAGAGAAAGAGCAAGAGAAGAAACCUGAAGUGGCUCCGCAUCGUACAGGAAGCCCAGUUGAUGAGAAACUGAAGUCCAAGAAUAAGGAUGAUAGUUUCUUGAGAACGCAGUCUGAGUUCAUCGAUCGAAGUAGUGCUGUACCUCCUCAUAUUCUACUUCGAAGUGACGAAAAACCUCAAAUCUAUGACAUGCCGGCGGAAAAAUUGAAAAGGUACACAUUUAUUCAAUAG